AUGUUUGGUUUUAUUCAUGAGAGUAUUCGACAGUUAAUGCUAAGAAAGUUUGGCGAGGAAUUUUGGAGCAAGGUUCUGGAAAGGGCUUGUUUUGAGAGCGGGAAGGAGAAUAUUGUAAACCAUUAUUAUACGGAUUCUGACACUUACAGCCUUGUUGACGCCGUCAGUGUUAUUGCAAGAAUCAGCAGAGAACAAGUGUGGGAGAUGUAUGGAGCUUUUCUCAUCGAAUAUACUAUGGAGAUUGGCUGGGACGAUUUAAUUCGUUCAAUGAGCCCAAAUUUGAAGGGUUUUCUUGAUAAUCUUGAUUCAUUGCACUAUUUCAUUGAUCACGUCGUGUACAAGGCAAAUUUGAGAGGACCAUCAUUCCGUUGUGAGGAUAAUCUUGAUGGAACAAUAACCUUACAUUAUUACACAAGCAGACCAGGACUUUAUCCAAUUGUGAAAGGGGUUCUAAAAGAGGCAUCAAAGCGAAUAUUUGAGCUUGACGUCAAUCUCACAACAACUGGACGUACACAACGAAGUGUACAAAUGGCAACUGGUGAACGCAUCGAGGAACACGUUAUAUUUCUUAUUAAGGUUUUGGUUGUAUUAUUUGAGAAACAAAAUAAAUACACAUUUCAGCCAAGUUCUGCUAAUGGCUCUGGAAACGACUCUCUACAUAAUCUUGGAGAUCAGCGACCUGCUCCAGGAUUCGAUAUUAAGAUUCGACUAAGCAGAAUGGAUUUUAUCACUACAUUUCCAUAUCAUUUCGUUGUUGAUCAAGACUGCAAAUUAGUUCAGGCUGGCAGGGCGCUAUACAACCAUAUCCCGCGUGAUCUUCUGGCUAGCGGAACACCGCUAAUUCGAAUAUUCGAAGUGACAAGACCAAAAAUUCCUCUUGAUUUCGAAUCUAUUUGCAACUUCAUUAAUGCAGUAUUUGUUUUACAAGUGAAGACAACUCCAAUAGAAUUUCACAAGAAUUCAAUGAAACGCAACAUUUGGUUUCAAAAUUACAGGAAUGGUAGCGAUAACGAUUGUGGUAGCGUCGAUCACAUGCCACAAAGCCAAUAUCUCAAGUUAAAAGGACAGAUGAUGUUACUGGCUUCAGGACGACAUGUGCUUUAUUUGUGUUCCCCGUACGUGACAUCUAUUCCUGAGCUUCUACAGUAUGGAAUGAGACUCACAGCUAUGCCUUUACAUGACGCUACUAGGGACCUUAUUCUGCUUAAUCAGCAACAAAUCAGUGAUGUUGAAAUGAAUUUACAACUGGAGGCAGGCAAUGAACAACUCGAAAAUAUGGCAAAAGAUCUAGAGGUUGAAAAACGGAAAACAGAUGCUUUGCUUAGCGAAAUGCUUCCAGCUACCGUCGCUCAUCAGUUGAAGUCUGGUCUCACCGUCGAUGCACGUGAUUAUGAUUCAGCCACUGUAAUGUUUGCCGACGUGCCUUCAUUUCAACAAAUCGUUCCGAUAUGUCAGCCAAAAGAUGUUGUAUACCUCUUAAACAACUUAUUCACCCGUUUCGAUCGUUUGGUUGUUCUUCAAAAAGCCUAUAAAGUCGAGACUGUCGGUGAUAGCUACAUGUCCGUGGGUGGAAUACCUGACGUCGUUGAAGAUCACUGCGAAAUUAUCUGCCAUUUGGCACUUGGUAUGCUCAUGGAGGCCCGGAAUGUUAUUGAUCCAAUUUCUGGUAAACCAUUGCACAUUCGAGCUGGUAUCCACUCAGGUCCUGUGGUCGCUGGUGUAGUCGGCGCGAAAAUGCCAAGGUACUGUUUAUUUGGUGAUACCGUAAAUACCGCAUCUCGUAUGGAAAGUCACAGUCCUGUUGGCCGAAUACAUUGUAGUGAAAGUGCCGUCUUAUGUGCGCAGCAAACUGGAAGAUUCGAAUUUGAAUCACGGGGAAAGGUUCAGAUAAAAGGCAAAGGAGAAAUGAAUACCUACUUUUUGCUACGAAGUUAUAAACGCUCUAUAUGGGAGGUCACAGCAACUACUAGAGAUGAAAAUGUAAAUAGUAUUGAUGGGUAUCAAGAAUUGAGGGACGGAUUCACUGACGAAACACCAAAAAAGAAAACACUGAAGAAUUCCGUCACAUGUUCACUUUCUUAG